UACGAGUACACCGUGUAUAUUAUCUAUUACGAAUAAUCGAUCUAAUUUAUAACGGUCUUUAUUGAAUUGAUUAUACCAAUACGAACCUUAUACAUAUGUCUUACAAAUUAUAUCGUGCGAACGUUCGCGUGCCUGUAGCUAUAGAGGGCAUUCACCGAAAGUUCGGGGUCUUAAAACGUUAAUUAAACUCGAGGAUUAGCCUAGAGAUGAUACGCGGGUUGUGGUCAGCGAAGCGCAAGGCGCUACGACAGAUCACAACCGUGGACACGAUGCGCCGUAGUGGACGCGCGUUGUCCUGCGCGGCCGCAGGCCUGUUCUGCAACUUGUUAUACGCGUGUAUCAAGUUAACCGAGAGCACUGAUUAUGGAGUUCCGAUAGAAAUAAAGCUAUGGGAUACCGGACGCACACCUCUGGCACAUAUGGUGGAUGUUACAAAUGAGUUCGGCUUAAAAGUACUGGCGGAACAUAAUUUUCUGAACGAGAAUAACAUUGCGUUUUCGCCAUACGGCUUAAUGGGCAUUCUGGUAGCCUUGUACGAAGGAGUCGAUGGCGAGUCUUCAUAUCAACUGCAACGAGCGAUACAGCUUCCGUGGAACCGAAAAAUCAUGAGAGUCGGGUUUCGAGACAUUCACCGAACAUUAAAAACUUAUUUUGUUCCUGAAGAGGGUUUUUUGGCAGGUCUAGCAUUAAAUAAUGAAAACGUUACAUUCAAUGAAAACUUUAAAAAAAUAUUACGUUUUUACGGCUUCGAUUUGGAUAAUGAUCAGCUUCCUGCCCUUCCUAAUCAAACAAAUAAGACUAUGAAUGAAACUACACCAAAAUCCAGCACAAUUGCUACGUCACAAGCAGAUGGGGGUGAUGUGUCUACAGGAACAACAGUUACAACAGAAAAUACACGGGAAGAAACAACACCCGCGACAUCUAGAGAUACUACAGCAAAUCCUAACGCCGAAACAAUUAAUACCAUAGCAACAACGACUGCUAUUCCAUCUUCGGCACCGAAUUUUGAAAGCACUACGGUUGGUAUAAGUACCACAACACUUCAAGAUAUCAUUAAACCACUAAUAUCUUCAACGGAAACUACAACACAAAUCGUGACAACUACUAAUUCUGUGACUACUUCUACGAACCCAACAGAUUCAACGACUAACGAAAACUUAUCGAUCACCACGGCGAAUCCUUCAAGUACGGAUAUUGACGAGGAAACGAUAGCUCAGCAAACAUCCCAAGCGACAGUGGCUUUAACACAAACCGAAAACAAUGAAAUCGAUGGUACGGCGGCUGUGACUUCAAGUACAGUGGAUUUGAACUUUACAGAAAGCACAACUUCUGUAUCUACCACUGAAAUACAGACCGAUAGUGUCACAUUUACAACAUCAACAGACAAACCACUAGUUACUCUCUCUGAUACGGCAACUAGUUCUGAUAUGACUACAGCUGCAAAUGGUUCCUCGUUGGAAACACUUGAAAGGCGAAAGAAAUCCAUUGUUGAUUUCAUUUUCACGAACCCUCCUUACGUCGAUGAUUAUCUAAUGUAUAGAUCUUUUGAUAUACCUGCCGAGCCCCCAAAACCUACGUUCGAUGAGCAAAUGUUUUUGGCUAAUGGAUUAAAAAGCGUCCAGGUUACAUACAUGCAUUACGACACUAUAUUAGAGCACGCAUAUCUGCCUCAUCUAGAGGCUUCAGCUCUUCGGCUCCCAUUAGACAGCGAACGAUAUUAUCUCCUGGUUGUGUUGCCAGCCAGAGGGAGCGCCGCAGAAUUAGGAAGAUUGCUGGCACGUAUGGCUCGUGAAUCUGACUUGUCAGAUAUUUAUGCGGCACUGCGUCCUAGGCGAGUCAAGGGAAUAGUACCUAGUUUUACAGUAAAGGGCCACGUGACUCUCACUACAGAUUUACAAAAGCUCGGAAUACGAGAUGUGUUUGAACCCAGACAGAGAGAUUUCACACUAAUGACUCGACAGUCUGGUGUUUACGUUCGAAAUAUUGAACAAGCCGUUUCUGUGGCCAUUCGAAAAUACCGCCCUGACGAUCAAAAAAAAAAUCGAUACGUCACAAAUCACGAGCCGGUUCACUUUUUUGCAACAUACCCGUUCCUAUACUUCGUUAUGGACGCAAGUAUCCAUGUAUCUCUGAUGUCCGGAAAGAUGGUAGAUCCACUCAAUUCUAGAAUAUUAUAAUAUUCUUGUCUAUACAUUAUAAUUUCAUUGAUUUUGUUAUUAAGUAAUUUGCACAAGCCAAGCUUGUAUUUGAGUCGACUAUUAUCAAAGCCGGCAAUCUGACUUUUGGACAAUGAUUGGUAAAUCAGAAAAACGAAUUAUCGACUUUGUAUUCCAUUGGCAGUCACAAAACUCUUCGGAACGACAUCUUAGAUAAAUAACAGGUUAACUAUUAACCUUUAUUUAAUGCAGGUUUUGAACCGUAUUCUUUGAAGGAGACGAUUAUAUUCAAAUCAAUCUGUAUUGACAUAUCAAUAAUUUUUUUUUGUCCAAAUGCACAGAUUGCCACCUUUGAUAAUAGACGACUCAUUUUAUGUACAUAAUUUAUAUUGGUUUUCAGUUUCUAUUAAAAUUAAGUUGUUCUUUGUUACAAUAUUAUGUUCAAUGACUGUGGAGGUGUUUCGCUUUUUACAAAAUAAAAAUACACAUCCAAAAAUAAAA